CACUAGGCACCGCAAAUUGCAUCGUUCCUUAUUGAAACACAGAAAGAAACUAAAGCAUUCCUAUUGAAUAAAUUGAAUAAAUAACUUUUUUAUUGUGAAUAUUUAAAGUGGAGCAAUAAGCUACUGUAUGAAAAAUUUAAUAAAAAAAUGUGUUUACAAUUUUUAUGAUAUGAAGUACAGGAUCGCAUCACAUAAACGUUCGCAUCGAAAUGCAUCAAAACGUCAAAUAAGUGCACCUGGGAGGAUGCAAUCAACUAAGCAGAAGAAGAAGAACAAAAAGAAGAGUUUAUUGAUUGCAACAACACAAACAAAAUAUACCACAGUCGGCAAAUUGCAUUUUGGCUUGAUCUUCAAUUUCGCUUUCGAUGGAAAAAGAAAAACCCGAAGAGCCAGAGAACCCACCAGCACCUACCGACGCCGGCGAAACGCCGGUGAAGGAAACACCACCAGCGGAACCAGUUAAGAAUGAAGAAAAAGCUACCGAUCCUAGCGAUGCGGUUCCGUCCGGUAGCGGAACAAAGGGUCCGGUAGCGAAACAGUCGGCACCAAAGACCACUAAGAAAAAACGGCAAAAACCACCAAAGGAUGCAAAUGCUCCGAAACAUCCACUUACCGGCUACGUUCGCUACAUGAACGAGAAUCGGGAAAGUGUACGACAAAAAAAUCCAUCUCUAACAUCUAUUGAAAUUACGAAAGUUAUGGCUGAAGAGUGGACCAAGUUGCCGGAAGAUCGAAAGAAACCAUACCUAGAAGCAGCGGAGGUGGACAAAGAACGGUACAACAAGGAGAUAUCGGAAUACAAACUAAACAAUGAAGCGAAAGCUAAAGCAUUGCAAAACGAAGCACAAAUGGCGAAGAAGGAAGUAUCGGAACCAAAGGUAGCAAUACCGCCCAUUCCGUACGUUAACGGGAAAGUGGAACCGAAAGUGUCACGCCAAGGGGAUUAUGAUAUACCGAUUUUUACGGAAGAUUUCCUUGACCACAACAAAGUCGUCGAUUCGGAGCUGCGUACGUUGCGCAAAUCUAACAUAGAUUAUGAGCAGCAGAAUUCCGUUCUGGAGAAGCACGUUGAAAACAUGGAAAACGGCAUCCAGAAGCUGGACAGCGAAACGAGCAGUUUGGAAGCGCGGAAUGCUGUGCUGGAGAGCUAUUUGCUAAAGUUGCGCACGACACUGGCUAAUGCUCUGCAGGGAUUGCCUAUCUCCAGCGACUGUCCCGGAGCUACAGUAGACAAUAUUGAUCAGUAUUUGGAGAAUUUGCAUCAAAUGGCAGACUCAAGCACGCAGGGCCAUACAUUGAACAAAGCGAAAGACAUUAUUCGUAAGCUAGAUCUACAGAACCUUACGCUUUAAGGAGCAAUAAUUAGGAAGGAUACGAUGGAUACAACGA